UUGAAGAUGGUUGAAGAGGAGAUAGCAAAUUUAGAUAGUGUAGACGAUCUUAAUUGUCUUGAAGAAGAUAUCAUCACUUGUGUUGAAGAAAUGCCUAGCCCUACUGAUGAUAGGCCUGUGCUUGAUCCUUUACGCAUUCGGACGAAAGGAAGCACCAAUGCUAGAAUAAAAAGUUACUGGGAAAAGAAGAAGCGGAAGACACGUAGAGUUUCAGAAAAGCCUCAAAUGCCACAUCCAAAUCACAUGGUGACUGGACAAAAAAGGAAAUCAAGGAUUGGAGACUCUCAAUUCUCCUUUCCUCAAGCAAGUAGUUCGACACUCAUCAAUCCGGUGUUACAACAGUUGGAAGUUCCCAUGAGUGCAAACAAUCAUAACCAGGUUAAUCCUACUAGUGUACAUGACCAAUUCACCAUCCCCACUCAGGUUUCUUCUUCAAAUUCGGAGUUUAAUUCUCCCCGUUUCAGCUAUAUGAGAUUGCUAGUUGAGGAAGAUGCAAUACCGUAGUUGAGUCAAGAAUGGAAAUGCUACCACCAUAGAAAUGAAACAAGC